GGGGAGAAGUGGCCUUUCGAUAAAGCUUGUUGUCUUCCCCAGUUAGACAUAAGCAGGAAGUUUCUCAACCCCCUGACGGACUUUGCAAUCGGAGAACUUAUUUCCCUUUUCUCCCAACAGUUUGAAAUCUGCAGCAGAAAUGGCUCUGCGAGGCUUCCAAGUCUCUGUUAUGUUUCAGCUCCUCUGGGCUUGCUGUGAUGUCGCAGAAGGCUGCACCGUGACAGUUGCAGAAGAACAUGCACGUAGCGAGUGCCAGGUGUCGGAUAACAUUACCUUGUCGUGCGAAUUCACAUACAACAACUGCAAAAUGCUAGGGGAAACUUACUGGUUUCGCUGCCUCGUUUCUCAUUGUGAGAAGAUCUGCGACAAACCCUGCGUAAAUGGGCGGUUUAAAGUGCUGGCCAACCGGACUGUGCAAAGUGUUACAACAAAAACCGUGCUGCACAUAGACAACGUACACGCUAACGACAGUGCCAUAUACAUCUGUGGUGCAAGAGACAGCAACUUCCGUGACAUCGGAUCAAAAGCCAUGGGGCAAGGGACUACACUGGUAGUAAAAGAUGAAGCACAAAGCAUUGUCACAACUGGAUGUGUUGUCCUGAUCGUCUUCUGUGUGCUGCUCUUACUAUACAACAUUGCUGUAUUUUCCAUUUAUGCUUUUAGAUCAAAGCUGAAAAUGUUUAAGGAACCAAAAACAGAAGAGGCUGGAAGUACAAAUAAAAGUUACAGACGGCAACGGAUUUUUCAAGCAAUAGCACAGGAAUAUCACAAAAGAUACCCGAGAAAAUCAAUGAGUCCGAAUUCUACAAGAGUUGAUGAUGCCAUCUACCAGAACACACAGGGCCCCUAGUUAAAGAAACACAGACACAGCACUUUGUGAGCUCUCUUUAAGACUAUAUUUUUACAGGACUGGGCUGUAUUAUUAAAGCCUGAAAAAGUUGUGUGGGAAGAUAAAGAGUCUAAAGAUGACCUGGAUUUUGUGAAAAAACCAAAACAGAAUAUUAUUUCUGUAUCUUCCCCUAUUAUUUCUGUAUAUUAUAACAAUAGUAGUUUUUAAACAGUAUUUUGGCUGUAAAUGUUUUGUGUAGUCAACCAACACAUGUAAAAAAAAGUUUUCUUUGAAGUGUAUGUCCUGCUUUUAUGGCAGUGUGCAGGUCUUGCAGUGUUGUAUAGAAAAUUAGGUUGAAAAAAAGGCACAAGUCCAUCAAGUUCAACCUUUUAAGUCUAUAUAUGACCAGCCUAACUGAUAGUUGAUCCAGAGGUGUUGUGGUAAAGGAAAGCAUUGUUAAAGUAGAAGGAAAGUAAUUUGGCACCAAAUGUUAGGCACCCCCAAGUGAUUGUCUUUACUUACCUUACACCCC